CAGCCGCAGCUCCGGCGGGCUGCUCGCUUCAUUUCGGGGGCGUCCUCGUCCCUCCACGCCCGGCAGUUCCUGCGUCCGCCUUUCUCAGUCUCCUCGGUACUACAAGGUCCCGAGCGGACGGGCAGGCUGGCUCGGGCUGCGGCGGGCGGGUACGGCUGGAGUGUUCCUCGGCUGGCCGGCGGGACGCAGUGCACGCUGCUUGGCGCCGGGCUGAUCCCGCCGCGCCCCCGGGAGCAGUGAUGUUGGGUAGCUCCGCGCACGGGCCUGCGGCCCGCGAGGCGGGUUCGGCGCUAACAUUGCAGCAGACGGCGUUCCAGGAGGACCAGGAGAACGUCAACCCCGAGAAGGCGGCGCCGGCCCAGCAGCCCCGGACCCGGGCUGGGCUGGCGGUACUGAAGGCGGGGAACUCGCGGGGUCCAGCGCCCCAAAGGCCUAAGACGCGACGGGUUGCACCUCUUAAGGAUCUUCCUAUAAAUGAUGAGCAUGUCCCUGUUCCUCCCUGGAAAGCAAACAGUAAACAGCCUGCAUUUACCAUUCAUGUGGAUGAAGCAGAAGAGACUCAAAAAAGGCCAACUGAAUCUAAAAAAUCAGAAAGUGAAGAUGUCUUGGCUUUUAAUUCAGCUGUUACUUUACCAGGACCAAGAAAGCCACUGGCACCUCUUGAUUACCCAAUGGAUGGUAGUUUUGAGUCUCCACAUACUAUGGAAAUGUCAGUUGUAUUGGAAGAUGAAAAGCCAGUGAGUGUUAAUGAAGUACCAGAUUACCAUGAGGACAUUCACACAUACCUUAGGGAAAUGGAGGUUAAAUGUAAGCCUAAAGUGAGUUACAUGAAGAAACAGCCAGACAUUACUAACAGUAUGAGGGCUAUCCUCGUGGAUUGGUUAGUUGAAGUAGGAGAAGAAUAUAAACUGCAGAACGAGACCCUGCACUUGGCUGUGAACUACAUUGAUAGGUUUCUUUCAUCCAUGUCUGUGUUGAGAGGAAAACUUCAACUUGUGGGCACUGCUGCUAUGCUUUUAGCCUCAAAGUUUGAAGAAAUAUACCCGCCAGAAGUAGCAGAGUUUGUAUACAUUACAGAUGACACUUACACCAAGAAACAAGUUCUGAGGAUGGAGCACCUAGUCUUGAAAGUCCUUGCUUUUGACUUAGCUGCACCAACAAUAAAUCAGUUUCUUACCCAGUACUUUCUGCAUCAGCAGCCUGCAAACUGCAAAGUUGAAAGUUUAGCAAUGUUUUUGGGAGAGUUAAGUUUGAUAGAUGCUGACCCAUAUCUAAAGUAUUUGCCAUCAGUUAUUGCUGCAGCGGCCUUUCAUUUAGCACUCUACACAGUCACAGGACAAAGCUGGCCUGAAUCAUUAGUACAAAAGACUGGAUAUACUCUGGAAACUCUAAAGCCUUGUCUCCUGGACCUUCACCAGACCUACCUCAGAGCACCACAGCACGCACAACAGUCAAUAAGAGAGAAGUACAAAAAUUCAAAGUAUCAUGGUGUUUCUCUCCUCAACCCACCAGAGACACUAAAUGUGUAUCAGUGAAAAGACUGCCUUUGUUUUCUAAGAUUUAAAUCACUCAAAGUAUAUGGUGUACAGAUUUUAUCUUAGGUUUUAAUUUUACAAUCAUUUCUGAAUACAGAAGUUAUGGUCCAGUACAAAUUAUGGUAUCUAUUACUUUUUAAAUGGUUUUAAUUUGUAUAUCUUUUGUACAUGUAACUAUCUUAGAUAUUUGGCUAAUUUUAAGUGGUUUCUGUUAAAGUAUUAAUGAUGUCAGCUGUCAGGAUAAUAAUUAAUAAAUUGAUUUGGAAAA